AUGGAUUUGGGAAAGUCUGAAGCUCAAAACCUGGAACUCAAACUGAGAAGAAAGCGGAGGAGGAACAGCAGUGCAUCGAAAGGCACAAGUACCAUUCGCUUUGUACUUAGUACUGAUAAAAAAUAUAUGCAGACACUUGCCGAUAACCACGAUCAAGAUAAUGUUGAGUAUUCAGAGAGAGUUUUGCUCGUCCAUACUGAAUUUAAACUUGUUCCAUUCGUUCUUAUCAUUACAAAGUCUCAAAUUUAUUUAUUCAAAGAACAAUCUGCAAAUCUCAAAAAGAAGGCAUCAUGCCACAACAUAGAUCAGGUAUGCUUAUCUCAUCAAACUGAUAAUUUCAUGCUCAUUAGACUUAAAAAUGGCGGAGAUAUCUUAUUCCUUUCUCCUAACAAGAUACAGAUUGCAAGAAUCCUCGCAAAGCGCUGGGAUAGAAGCUCAGUAUUUCCGCUAAGUAUUACCGAUAGAUUUAGAUAUCGUAUCGAUGAAAAGACGAUUUAUGCGAUCGUCUUUUCUCGUUCAGACUUUGGCGUCGAGACAUCCAUUUACACUGAAAAUGGUUCUGAGACACCAGGUAAGAAAUCAAAAUCAUCAAAGUAA